UUUUUUUUUUUUUUUUUUUUUAAUACAAAAAAAUAGUAUCAAAUACAAAUCUCAAAAGGAACGGGAAUCACACAAAGCUUGUAUUAUUUUUUUUAGAGUAAAAAAAAAUUUUUUUUUAACAUGUCAAUUGAAACCGAGAGAAAUCCUUGUCCUUAUUGUUCAACACAACUUCAAUAUUGUUAUAUUAGUUUAUCCGAGAAGAUGCUGAUAUGUGCGAAGAAAAAAUGUCCUUUUCCGUUCGAUGUUGAUGAUGUUUCGCCCUACAUUAUAAAAGUUGAUUCUUUGGUAAAUACUAAUAGCUUUGCUGAACCAUCAUCAUCGUCAUCAUCGUUAUCACCAUCAUCACCAUCAUCACCUUCGUCAUCAUCAUCAUCGAGCCUGCUGGACGAAAAAUUUCUUAGUUUAAAAACACCAUCAAAACCUACCUUAAAUUUGACAAAAUCUGUAAAAUCAAAAAGCAAAUCUCAUAAUUCAUCAAGCACCGAAGGAUCUUUACUAAAUCCGAUCAGAUUAUCAAAAACUAAAUCAAAUGGAGUAUUAUCAACUCAAUCAGAAAAAGAAAUUUCUAAUUUGCCUAAUUCAGAAUCUUUCCCAAAUGUGAACAUUGAGAUGUCACCAACUGAAUCUAAUAACUUAUCAACGAACCCAAAAUCUAUUAAUGCAGGAUCAAUCACACAAUCAUUGACUCUAUCAAAUAAUGAAGAACCUCUCAACCCAUUUAAUAAGGUUAUUCCUGAAGAGACCAUUUCAAAUUCGGACAAUAAUAAUACUAUUACCUUGAAGACUUUAGGAGUCACGUUAAAAGUUGAUCAACCAAAUAAAAAUAUAUCACAACCAAAUUCAUCACAAUUCAAUGGAUUAUCGACCGAUACGAUAAAAAAUAAAUUUUCGAUCACAGCUUCAGGUGCUGAUGCUGAUGUUGAUGCUGGCGUUGACGACACUGCUACAACUACUGCUGCCGAGAAAGACUUGAUAUCAUUAUUUAAUAUGAAUGAUUUUCCAGUUACGACCGUUGAAGGAUCAUCAGCAAAUACUACCAAUUAUUUAACAGGAAAUGGUUUGUUAAAUGCUAAUACAACAAGCGAAGUUGAUGGCAGUAAUGCCUUAACAGUUGAAGAAUAUUCAAAAAUGUUAUUUGGACAAUCGGACAUUGAUAUUAAUUUCGAUUUAGAUAACAUGUUACCGAAUUUCAAUACAAUGGACGUAAACAUGCAAGGUAAUGAUGCAAAUAUGGAAAAUAUGGAAAAUAUGGAUAACAUGGAUAACAUGGAUUUGGAUGAAUUAUUUGGAACGUAUGAUUCAUUAGAAUCAAGUAAAAUAUCAGGUAAUGGGAUGAAUUUGGAUUUUGAUUCCUUCAUGGCAAGUCUGGGUGGCGAUCUCGCGGAAGCAGAGAUUCCGAAUGACAUGUCAGGUAAUAAUUUGAACGUAGACUCAAAUACCGUAUUAGUAAAUACGAAUGGAAUGAAUGAAAUUCAAAAUAAUACGGUGAAUGGACAUUUAGAUAUUUAUGCUGAAAUGGUCAAUGGAAACAGUAAUGAAAAGAGUGAAAAUAAUAGUAUGUUAGUAGAUAUGACAUUUAGGAGUGUAAAUGGGCAGAAUGGAUAUCAUGAAAAUAUUGAAAAAAUAAAAGAUGGUGUAAAUGGUGUGGUGGAAGAUGAAGGUAAGAAUGUGAAUGUAGUUGGAAAGACGAUUAACGGAGAUUCCGUUACAUUAAAUAUAGGGGAAAAAGAAGUUGAUCAAAAAAAAGAUUGUGAAACAUAGAUAUAUUUUAUCUAAAAAAAAAAAAUUUUAUAGUUAUUUAAAUAAAAGAAAGAAAAUUAUUUUUUUUAUAUUUAUCCUCGUAUUUAGAUAAUUUCAAUUGAAUGUAUUAUAAGGGAAGCUUAGAGAAAGUUGGUUGUUUUGGAUUAACGCGAGAGAUGAGAAAGAUGAGAAAUAAGAAUUUCUUUUUAUUUUAUUAUUAUUAUUAUUAUUAUUAUCGUUUGUUAAGAAUGGUAGGACUAUAUUAUAAUCCAUUACAGUAUUACGCA